CCGCGAAUCAUAAAACUCUAAAUGCAGCUGUAGUAGUGCUCCAGGUCGGUAUAUCCUCUCAAGCAACCUCUAACAGACGUGUUUUGCUGCAAUGAACCCUUCUCCUGUAUUCUACGGCUCUCCUAGUUCAUUUUCCGGCUUUGGCCACCUCCUCCUGGAGCCUAGAGGCAGUCGACAUGUCCCCUGCACUCCACCAUUGGAGAGCCUGCUACCUGGACCAGUGAGGGGCUUGAGUGGAGUGUCUCCAGUGGGACAGACAGUGCCUGUAGUAGCACAGAGGAAUGUCUACUCUGGCAGCCCUCUACUGAGGCAAAUUCUGAUAAAUGGACGAAAGAGACAGCGUGAUGAUGGGUGUCCUGAAGGCAGCUCCCCUAGUCCUAUAGCUGUGAGUAGUAAGAGGUUCUGUCAAGAGGAGGGACAGGUGCCCAACUCUCUGGUGGUACUCACGAGGGGCACACAACAGCUAACCCACAAGAAACACGAUAAUGACGGGCCACAAGUUGUUCCUGAUAGCUGCACAGACAAAGAACAUUCAAUAAAGACUACCACUGAUGACAAAUCCAAUAAUGAGGAGAAUGGUUUCAAGUGGUUCGAGUUCUUCACUGGGAGUAGCGACGGCCUCACACAAGCAGAGGAAUAAUGGACACUAGCUCAAAUAGACUCUCCAAUGUUAUACCCUGUCCCUCAUACUUGUCCCACUGUGCUAUGUAUGAUUCACCAUGUGCAAUAAUUAUUAACAACUUG